AUGGGCUACGAGAAGGAAGUUCUGGCUGAAGGAAGUGGCCCUACGCCCCAGAAGGGCCAGACGGUGACCGUCCACUGCACGGGCAACCUCACCAACCCCACCCGCAAGUUCUGGAGCACCAAGGACACCAACACGCCGUUUUCCUUCGCCAUUGGCCUUGGCAAGGUCAUCCGAGGUUGGGAUGAAGGCGUCGCCACGAUGAAGAAGGGCGAGGUGGCUCGUCUCAUCAUGACCGGCGACUACGCCUACGGCGCCGCCGGCUUCCCUGCCUGGGGCAUCGGCCCCAACGCCACGCUCAUGUUCGAGAUGGAGGUCCUCGAGAUCAAAUGA